AUGGCCUCCAUAGAACGGAAGAUAGAUGAAGUCCUCAAAGCAGUCCUCAAGAGCAACCCUGAUGAGUCAGACAGAGGGAAGAAGGUUUCAGAAGAAGGGUCCAGUGGGGGUACCGAGAUACCAGUGGAAACCACCCCGAGGAUGGGAUCCAAUCCCCAAAAAACAUUCACCGGAAAGUCAGGUUCCGGAGGAGGAAACGGCGGAGGUCCUGGGGACUGGGCAGGCGGUGGAAAUGGAUCCAACGGAGGAGCGAACUGGCGUUUCCAGAAGCUUGACAUGCCACUCUUCGAUGGCAACUUUCCCGAUGGAUGGGUCUUACGGGCGGAGCGCUACUUCAAGUUCUGCCGAUUAUCGGAGGAAGACAAGGUAGAAGCGGCGGUGGUGGCGCUAGAAGGUGAUGCUUUACUAUGGUUUCAGUGGGAGCAUCAAAGAAUACUAAUUGUCCGGUGGGAAAAGAUGAAAUCGUUGCUCCUCCGACAGUUCCGCCCUACUAAUGUCGGAACGUUACAAGAGCAGUGGUUGGUGUUAUCUCAGGUGGGAUCGGUGUUGGAAUAUCAAAGAAGCUUCAUUGAACUGUUAGCGCUGUUGACCAACAUACCCGACGACAUAUCCAUGGGUCAAUUCAUAAACGGGUUGAAGGAUGAAAUUAGGUCAGAAGUGAGACUUCUUGGGCCUUUAUCAGUGGAUCAUGCGAUGAGUUUGGCAAUUAAAGUGGAGGAUAAACUAAGAGCCCAACAAGGAAAGAAGAGCAGCCCAGUAACGAUAAGUAACCCAAGUACUAUUACUCGCCCCACACAUUCAACCGGGUUCAUAUCCGGAUCACCUCUUAUCACUCCCAUUAAGACCACUUAUUUUUGA